GGGGGGUCCCCGGCGCUCCGCUGGCCGUGGGGUCGCGCAUGCGGGUGCCCGGCUUGCGCGCGGCGUUCGCGGCCCUAGCGGGCGUGCGCGGAACCGCAUCCACUCCCGCGCUCUCUUGCAGGGCGCCGUUCAUGGCCGGCCGCGCCGCGCGGGCCUGGGAGGAGCCGCCGCCGCCGGCCAAGAGGCCCCGGAGCGGCGGCGAGCAGGCCCCGAAGCUGCCCAAGCGCAAGAUCGUGCUGCUCAUGGCCUACUCGGGCAAGGGCUACCACGGCAUGCAGAGGAACGUGGGCUCCUCCCAGUUCAAGACCAUCGAAGAUGACCUGGUGUCAGCCCUGGUGCAGUCGGGCUGCAUCCCAGAGAACCACGGCCAGGACAUGAGGAAGAUGUCCUUCCAGCGCUGUGCCCGCACGGACAAGGGGGUGUCUGCGGCUGGCCAGGUGGUGUCCCUCAAGGUAUGGCUCAUCGAUGACAUUCUAGAAAAGAUCAACAAGCAUCUUCCGGCUCACAUCCGGAUCUUGGGGCUGAAGAGGGUCACGGGUGGCUUCAACUCCAAGAACAGGUGUGACGCCCGGACGUACCUGUACAUGCUGCCCACGUUUGCCUUCGCCCACAAGGACCGCGAUGCUCAGGACGAGACGUACCGCCUGAGCCCUGAGACACUGCAGCACGUGAACAGGCUGCUGGGCGCCUACAAGGGCACCCACAGCUUCCACAACUUCACCUCGCAGAAGGGGCCCCGCGAGCCCAGCGCCCGGCGCUACAUCCUGGACAUCUUCUGCGAGGAGCCCUUCGUGCGUGAGGGCAUGGAGUUUGCGGUCAUCAAGGUCAAGGGGCAAAGCUUCAUGACGCACCAGAUCCGGAAGAUGGUGGGGCUGGUGGUGGCCAUUGUCAAGGGCUAUGCCCCUGAGAGCAUCCUGGAGCGCAGCUGGGGCGAGGCCCGGGUGGACGUGCCCAAAGCGCCCGGGCUGGGCCUGGUGCUGGAGCGGGUGCACUUCGAAAAGUACAACGAGCGCUUCGGUGGCGACGGGCUGCAUGAGCCGCUCGACUGGGCCCGUGAGGAGGCGGAGGCCGCGGCCUUCAAGGAGCAACACAUCUACCCUACCAUCGUCAGCACCGAGCGGCACGAGCGCUCCAUGGCGCAGUGGCUGGCUACGCUGCCCGUGCACGACUUCAGCGCCUCGGCCCUGGCCAAGGACCCUGGCCGCCUGGAGGAUAGCGAUGGGGAUGGAGACAGCAGCUGAGGCUACCCUCGCCUUGUGGACAGCUGGACACAGCCUAGUUGCUCUGGAUCUUGGGAUCUGUCAUCCUGCGUCUUCCUCACCCGGAGAAGCUGCUAUGAGUCCAUUUUUGGCUCAGGCACGAACUCUGCACACAAAGAUAUUAUUUUCUUAAGAGGCGACUUUCUUAUUAAAUAUGCACCUGGGCUGCUCACA